ACACCCUAUAUAUUGUCGUCCCUAAUGUCGUCCUCUUCAUUCUAAUUGGAGUUAAGUCAUAACUUCCCCUCCCAUGGCUUUCACUCUCUCCAGUUCUUUCUUUUUUCUCCUCUUCUUCGCCGUUUUUGCAUUCUCCGCCGCCGACCACAUCACGGCCCCAGAAACACUCCCCGUUCCCCACCACCCCUACGCCGCCGUGCCACCUGCCCACCACCACCACCACGCUCCUACGCCGGCACCAGUACCUUCACCGACCCACUUGCCCAUUCACCAUCCGGUCCAUCCUCCGGCUCAACCACCGAGCCGCCACCACCACCACCACGUCCACGGCCAACCUCCAGUUCACCCACCGGCAAAUGCGCCCUCUCACCACCUCCCUCCAACUCACCCGCCGGCACACUCGCCGGCUCCCGGCCACCACCGCCACCACCACGACAUCCGCCCAUUGCCUCCUCCAACUCACUCUCCGGCUCCGAUCUACCCUCCCAAGCCUCGGUUGGUGAGGAGCUUCAUUUCGGUUCAAGGCGUCGUCUAUUGCAAGUCGUGUAAAUAUGCCGGAGCUGACACACUUCUCGGAGCUACCCCCGUCGCCGGUGCAAGCGUGAAGCUAAUUUGCCAGAACACCAAAUACCCACUGGUUCAAACCGCCACCACCGAUAAGAACGGCUAUUUCUUCAUCACAGCCCCAAAGGCCAUCACCAGCUACGCCUUCCACAAGUGCAAGGUCAUUCUCGGCUCAUCCCCCUCCCCUUCCUGCGCCAAACCCUCCGCCCUCCACGGCGGCGCCGCCGGAGCUCCCCUCCGCCCUCAGAAAUCUUACAUCGACGCCAACAAGCUCCCUUUCGUUCUUUACUCUGUUGGUCCUUUUGCCUUCGAACCCACUUGCCCUCAUCAUUAGUUUUUUUUUUUUUUUUUUUUUUUUUUUUUUAAUUAUGCCCUCAAACGAUGUCGUUUAUGUUCUUAAUUUUGCCGCUGCUUUUCUGUACGGCGCGGUUUGUUUGCUGUUUGGUUCUGUGAGUUGGGAUUUUAUGGUACAAAUAAUCUCUUAAUUUAAAUGUUUUUUUUUAAUUA